AUGAGAAAAGAAUUUGACAUCAAAGGUAAAAAUGAAUUACCAAAGGUGAUGAUCAAGUAUGAAACUCGACAAUUAUUGGAUGUAACUCGUAUUAAGUUGAAUGAUAUGAUGCAUGCAGUUUCAAACUUAUUAUUGGUACGACAAUGGCAAGAUGAAAUUAUGGCCCAAAGCUCUUUGAUCUCAACUUAUUCAGCUCAAUUGACUCAACCUGGAUGGCCGUAUCUGGAUAUUGAUAAGAAGAAACUGUUAAACGAAAGAGUACGUCAGUUUUAG